CCAAUAGCGAGUGCCAAAGUGGCAAUAAUUGCCUCUUGGGCACUUUACCUUUUUCUUGUUUACGGUUCAUUCAUGAGUUAUACGGAUAAACCUUAUCAACUAAACUCAAAACUUUUGCAUCCCACAGGCUCACAAAGACACGAACUUUCUAACAUCCCAGCCAAUACCCAGAAUUUAGAUGAUGAACAACUUAGGAAACACAUCAUUGGAGUUGCAGUUCAAGCUAGAGCUAUCUUAGUAUAUAUAUAUAAUUGUCCCUACUAUUCAAUCACAUUUAUAACUGUAAUAUGGCAUUUUGCAUCUCCUUUCCCUACCAAAGCUUUAUAGAUAAGCUUGCUCCUUUUCAUCAUCUUAAUCCUUGUUCUAUUCAUAACCCACAAACCAACAUGCAACCCAAAAACCAUUCGCCCUCUUCAGUUUCUCUUGCAGUGUCUGAUAUUCAGAUGUUUUCUUCUACUCAAUUUUGCUCAUCUGAAGUUUCUCCAUGCUUUCAACCGUUGGAUAACUUGGGUGAUAUAAGGACUUUGAAUUCUGUCAGGGAAUUGCAUGCCCAGAUGAUCAAAAUGCCAAAAAAUAGGAGCUUGGUUACAAUGGAUGGAAGCAUGAUGAGGAACUACUUGGAAUUUGGAGAUUCUAUCUCAGCAACAAAGGUUUUCUUUGUUGGUUUUGCAAGGAAUUAUCUUCUGUGGAACUCUUUUCUGGAGGAAUUUGCAAGUUUUGGAGGUGACCCACGUGAGGUUCUGGAGGUUUUUAAGGACUUGCAUAAAAAAGGAGUGAACUUUGAUAGCAAAGCUCUCACUGUUGUUCUGAAGAUUUGUUUGGUUUUAAUGGAUUUGUGGAUUGGUAUGGAAGUUCAUGCUUUUUUGGUUAAGAAAGGCUUCCAUGUUGAUGCGCACUUGAGUUGUGCACUGAUCAAUCUCUAUGAGAAGUGUUGGGGCAUAGAUAAAGCAAAUCAAGUAUUUGAUGAGAGUCCACUCCAAGAGAAUUUCUUGUGGAAUACAGUUAUUAUGGCAAAUUUGAGGAGUGAGAGGUGGGAGAAUGCCUUAGAACUGUUCCGUAGAAUGCAAUCAGCUUCUGCUAGAGUCACUGAUGGCAACAUUGUCAAGCUGCUGCAAGCAUGUGGAAAAUUGAGAGCUCUCAAUGAAGGGAAGCAGAUUCAUGGGUAUGCUAUAAGACUUGGACUAGUGUCAAAUACCUCAAUUUGCAAUUCUGUAAUUAGCAUGUACUCUAGAAACAAUAAACUUGAACUAGCUAGAGCAGUUUUUGAUUCAAUGGAAGAUCGCGACUUAUCAUCUUGGAAUGCAAUUAUUUCGAGUUAUGCAGCUAGUUGUUGUUUGAAUGAUGCCUGUGAUAUCUUUCAACAAAUGGAGUCUUCCAGCAUUAAACCAGACAUAAUAACUUGGAAUUCGCUUUUAUCUGGACAUCUUCUUCAGGGGUCAUAUGAAAUGGUUCUCACCAAUUUUCGGAGCCUGCAACGUGCAGGCUUCAAACCAGAUUCAUGUUCAAUAACAAGUGCAAUACAAGCAGUUAUUGAAUUGGGUUCCUUUAAUUUAGGGAAAGAAAUUCAUGGUUACAUAAUGAGAAGUAAGCUUGAUUAUGAUGUCUUUGUUUGUACUUCAUUGGUGGAUAUGUAUAUAAAAAAUGAUUGCUUAGAUAAAGCUAAAGCAGUGUUCCAUCAGUCAAAGAACAAAAAUAUUUGUGCUUGGAAUUCAUUGAUAUCAGGGUACUCCUUCAAGGGCCUAUUCAAUGUUGCUGAGAAACUGUUGAACCAGAUGGAGGAGGAAGGGAUAAAACCUGAUUUGGUGACAUGGAAUAGUUUGAUUUCAGGUUAUUCAAUGUGGGGCUGUGGCGAGGAAGCUUUGGCUGUGAUCAAUCGGAUCAAGAGUUUGGGAUUUACUCCUAACGUGGUGUCAUGGACUGCUAUGAUAUCAGGCUGUUGUCAAAAUGAGAAGUACAUGGAUGCCCUACAGAUUUUCAGCCAAAUGCAAGAAGAAAAUGUAAAACCAAACUCUACUACCAUCUGCAGCUUACUUCGGGCAUGCACGGGCCCAUCACUGUUAAAGAAAGGUGAAGAGAUACACUGCUUCUGUAUGAGACUUGGGUUUGUGGAUGACAUAUUUAUAGCCACAGCCCUCAUUGACAUGUAUAGUAAAGGAGGAAAAUUAAAAGAAGCCCAUGAGAUUUUCAGGAAAAUUAAGGAGAAAACACUACCAUGUUGGAAUUGCAUGAUGAUGGGAUAUGCUAUUUAUGGCCAUGGGGAAGAGGUAAUGAAUCUUUUUGACAACAUGUGCAAAAUAGGUAUCAGACCUGAUGCUAUAACCUUCACAGCUCUUCUCUCUGGCUGCAAAAAUUCAGGUUUAGUUAUGGAAGGGUGGAAGUACUUUGACAGUAUGAGGACAGAUUACAACAUUAUUCCUACAAUUGAGCACUACUCUUGCAUGGUAGACCUUCUUGGAAAAGCUGGUUUUCUUGAUGAAGCUUUGGAUUUCAUCCAAAACAUGCCGUUAAAGCCAGAUGCUAGUAUUUGGGGUGCUCUUCUUACAUCCUGCAGAAUUCACAAAGACAUGCUAGCAGAGAUUGCAGCAAGGAAUCUUUUCAAGUUGGAACCAUAUAAUUCUGCUAACUAUGUGAUGAUGAUGAAUAUGUAUUCCUCACUUGACAGAUGGGAGGAUGUGGAGCGCCUUAAAGACUCAAUGACAGCAUUGGGGGUGAAAAUCCCAAAUGUCUGGAGUUGGACACAAGUUAAUCAGACUAUUCAUGUGUUCUCCACAGAAGGGAAAUCACAUCCAGAAGAAGGGGAAGUAUAUUUUGAGUUAUAUCAAUUAGUUUCGGAAAUACGAAAGCUGGGAUAUGUACCUGAUAUUAGUUGUGUAUAUCAGAACAUUGAUAACAGUGAGAAGGAGAAGGUUGUACUCAGUCACACUGAGAAGUUGGCUAUGACAUAUGGACUAAUGAAAACUAAAGGUGGAUCACCAAUCAGGGUAGUGAAGAACACAAGAAUUUGUCAAGAUUGUCAUACAGCAGCUAAGUACAUUUCUUUGGCUCGAAAUUGUGAGAUUUUCCUAAGAGACGGUGGUCGUUUUCACCAUUUCACGAAUGGAAAAUGCUCAUGUAAUGAUCGUUGGUAAUAAGAUGCAUAUGCAAAAGCCUGAAGCAUUUUCUUCUCUGGAGGGGUCAUUAUGCUCUUGUACAUCCACAGAGGGAGUGUGUUCCUGAAGGGAACAGUACUCUAAACUAAGGAAUGUCUAUAUUACUUGAGGAAUCAUUGAAAUACACUGUUUGCAAGUUGCAAUCUUCACCUGAAAUAGCUUACCUUAUUUUCAAGUCACAGUAUGAAAAGGUUAGAACAGCGUGCAUCACCAACAACGUGGUUUAGCUCCCACUUUAAAGCAUAACAUGCUAUCAGACGAAAAAUACCAUGCAAGUUACUAAACAGUGGCACAACAUGUGCCUAAGAUAAUUGAUUAGAGCAAUGUGCCACUUCUGCAACAAGUUUUGUAUUACCAGGUUUCACCAUUGACAAGAGUAGCAUCUGCUUCUCAAGGUUGGCUUCUUCAGCAAUGAAAAGUAAAGUCAAGAUUGUCAAAAGUUAUUUUUCAAAUUCACACAACUAGCAAUCCAGCAUGACAAAAAAUUCAUAAAUUUUGUAGUAUUUUUGUCUUAUGAUUAUUGCAUCAUUUUUUCCCAUGCUUUUCUUCAUCUUUCACGAGUUCGAUGUAUACUAUAUUUUAUUGGCGUGCGUGCACAUGUAAAUAGUAUGUAUACAUGCAUGCAAUUUUCAGGGCAGAUAUAAAAUAUAAUAAGCUGACUAUGAUACA